GUGGAAAAAUCGGGAAUCGCACGGCAGUACGACGGAGUACUAAACUACUACCAGGGGUUCCACGACGUCGUUUCGGUGCUGCUCCUGGUCACCAGCAACACCGAGCUGACCUAUGCGCUGACCGAGAGGGUCAGCCACUAUUUUUUUCGGGAUAGCAUGCGUGAGGACUUUGGGGUGCUCACGUAUCUCAUGCAUCUACUUCCUGUCAUCACGUUACGCUUCGACAAGGAGCUUUCCACCUUCGUUUCGUCGAGCAAGGUGGAACCGUACUACUGCAUGUCGUGGGUGCUGACGUGGUUCUCCCACGACCUCCAGGACCAAAAGAGCGUGUCGAGGCUCUACGACGUGCUCCUUGGGGCUCAUCCCACCCUCGUUCUCUACAUCUGUGCGGCUGUGGUCAUCACCGCGAGAGAGGAAGUGCUCGCUUGUGACUGCGAGUUCUCCGCUGUGCACAAUACCCUUUCGCACGCGGCUAAGGGGGUAAAGGACUGGGAGGCUGUGCUGCAGAAGGCCAAGGGGAUGUUCCUGAAAUGCCCUCCUCGAGAGCUGGUAACACACGCCCCGGCCUACAUCAAGGAAACCCUUGAUGCCGGAGGAGUUACGGCGCUAGAGUUUCCUCCACCAUGGUUCACUGGCACUACCCUUCCCGACUGGAUACUGUUGGAGCAGAGCAGAGAGAAAGAGGGGAAGAAACGUAUCGGCAAGGCGGCUAAGCAUUGGCGACGAGCGGCAAAACUAGCAGGAGCGGAGAACCCGGACGAGAUGCUUUCGGCGUACUCCAAAGCCUGUCACCCGGGGGCAGGGUCGGCAAGCCUGGCUAGGAAGAUAUUGUCGGCAUUGCGAAUACGACCGAACUGGAAGAAGGUCUCUCCAUCUCCUGCAGCCGUACUCUCUACGGCGGUGCUACUUGGGGCGAUGUCUUACUCGUACCACCUUUCUUCGAAACAGCAGCACUCAGGAUUCUUCCCCUGA